AUGUCCAAUUCCUGCAAAGAGUUCAGAAUCAGUGAAACUGUCAAAAAUAUUUCUCGUUUUAUUGAUAAAGAGGAUUACUUCACUGACACGGAAGAACGCUUCAAUAUUCCAUGGAGAAUGGGAAUAAGGAAGAGAAAUGGAUAUUUUGAGUUUUAUUUGAGAUGCGAAAAGGACGAAUGCGAAAACAGAAAAUGGUCAAUUGAAACUGAGUUAACACUGAAAUUGAUUUCGUGUAAUGGAAAAAGUUUGACAAAAACAGGGACUUACACAUUUGAAAAGCCGAUUGGAAACGGUUGGUCUGACUUCAUCAGUUGGAAGGAAUUGAAAAGUGAUUAUAUGGUUGAUGAUAGUAUUGUAGUUGAAGCUCAUGUCAAAAUAUUCAAAAUAACUGACUCUCCGUGCACUGAAAACGAAAACCAGAAAAUAUUUCUGUUGAAUCACACCGUUAGAAAUGUUUCGAGUAUUAAAGAAGGUAGUAACUAUUUCACCAAAACUGAGAAACGAUUCAAUAUUCCAUGGAGUCUACGAAUUCAUAGAGAAAAUGGGUUUUUUGGAUUAUGUUUGCAAUGUGAAAAAGAACAGUCCAAUAGAAGGAACUGGACAGUUGAAGUGGAUUACAAGCUAAAACUAAUCUCCGUAAAUGGUCAAAACGUAUCUCUCCAACUAAGAUACAUUUUCAACAAGCCAUAUGGUUAGUAACCCAUUGGUUACGGCUUGGAUAAACUUAUACGAUGGGAUGAUAUGCUAGAGAAGUACGUAGUGAACGACAGUAUUAUAAUUGAAGCUCACGUUAAGAUAACUAAAAUGACUGGAUGUGAAGAGGAUACAAGUAUUGAUGACCUGGACGAUGAAUUCUCUGAUUGUGUCAUCAAUGUCGGAGGGAAAAACUAUACUGUGAAAAGACAAU